AUCGUCUGCGGAGUUCGCGUCUCGGUGCCACACUGGAUACCCUACAACACUUGUGCGAGAUGGGAGAGACGGUGUCCGGCAGCGCCCACAACACGGCAGACUAUCUGGCCCAGCUGCUCAAGGAUAAGAAGCAGCUGGCAGCCUUCCCCAACGUCUUCCUGCACCUAGAAAGACUCCUGGACGACGAGAUCAACAAGGUGCGCAACAACCUCUUCCAGGUGAACGGCGUCAAGAAGGAGCCCAUGGUCCUGCCCGACGCGGACGGACCCGUCGUCGCCUGCUCAGAGAAGGUGUACGUCCCGGUCAAGGACCACCCCGACUACAACUUUGUGGGUCGCAUCCUGGGGCCCAGGGGAAUGACUGCCAAGCAACUGGAGCAAGAGACUGGCUGCAAGAUCAUGGUCAGGGGAAAGGGAUCCAUGAGGGACAAGAAGAAGGAGGAGCAGAACCGGGGCAAGCCCAACUGGGAGCACCUGAACGAUGAGCUGCAUGUCCUGAUCACUGUGGAGGACUCGAGGAACAGGGCCCAGGUCAAGCUGCAGAGGGCCACCGAAGAGAUCAGGAAGCUGCUGGUGCCAGUGACUGAAGGUGAAGAUGAGCUGAAGAAGCGUCAACUGAUGGAGUUGGCCAUCAUCAACGGCACAUACAGAGACAGCACGGGAAAGAACAACAACAUCUACAUGUUCCUGGGCGAGCCCGAGGCCGCCACCCGGCUGCUGGCCGCGCCGCCCAUGGCGCUGGCGUCCAACCCGCUCAGGACGGGCGGCACGCCCCUGGGGGCCCCCCUCAUCCUCUCCUCCCGCAUCCCGGUGCCGUCGCUGCUCAACGGGGGCGCCCCGCCGCCCCUCAUCUCGCCCGCCGACGCGGGACUGCUCUACGCCACCUACGGGGACUACCAGCACUACGCCGCCCUCGCAUCGCCGCUCCUGGCAGAGUACCCGCACGCAGACGCCACCGGUGCCGUGGUUAAACAGAGGAGAAAUUUGGGUUUGCGAGAGCACCCCUAUCAGCGCUCGGGCUCCCUCUCUUGAAAGCCUCCAGUCGCCUGAUCCGUGGCCGAGCCGCACUAACCCACCCGCCUGCGAACACUCUUCUGCUGCCGGAUAAUCGACUAACCCGCCUCUCUCUUGUCCCUAAGCUCGAUCUGGAUUAACACUCCGGGAAGCAAGACUCAAGCCACCAGGACGCGUCCUCCGGAUCCUCGGUUUCGGAGGACGCAGCGGCGUGUCCUCUGGAUCCAUCGCUGUUUUACAGGACAAAGUAUAUGAUCCUUUGUGU